AUGGAUUCCGAUUCUUCUACCCCCUCGAUCUCAUAUCCAAUUAUCGACUCCCACAUCCACCUCUUCCCCGAAAGCGAGCUCGAUACCCUUGCCUGGAAUACUCCUUCAAAUCCUUUAUACAAACAACAGUCUCUUGAUGAAUACACAGCUGCUGCGUCUUCUGCUCCUGCACUUGAAGGUUUCAUUUUUCUCGAGACAGACCGCAAGAAUGAUCUGAAACGCGGGGAAGAAGAUGGCUCGGGAUGGGAAAUGCCACUUAAAGAAGUUUCUUGGCUCAAACGAAUAGCAUUAGGUCAACCUCGUGAAGGAGAAGGACACACUGCGGAACAUGCAAAGCUUUGUAAAGCGAUUAUACCAUGGGCGCCAGUGCCGAGUGGAGAGAAGGCGUUGGAGAGAUAUGUUAAGGAGGUUGAGAGGGAGGCGGAAGGGAGUUGGGGGUUGGUGAAGGGAUUUAGAUAUUUGGUACAGGAUAAGGAGAAGGGGACGAUGCUUACAGAAGGAUUUAUAGAGGGAUUAAAGUGGCUGGGAAGGAAGGGGUUUGUAUUUGACUUAGGGGUCGAUUUACAUUCAGGUGGAAGAUGGCAAUUAGAGGAGGCAGUCGAGAUGAUGGAGAAGGCUCAUGAGGGAGUUGAGGAAGGAGAAAAAGUUACGGUCAUUAUAAAUCACCUCUGCAAACCCGACUUCUCGAUCUAUAACACUCAAACAGAUCCCUCUUUCCUUGCCUGGCGCACCACCAUGUUCAAACUCAGCAAACACAGCAAUACAUAUAUGAAGCUCAGCGGAUGUUUCUCAGAAAUGCCGGAUUCUCUCAAGAAAGCCCCUGUAGAUGAAAUCGUCAUGGCACUACAGCCAUAUUUAGCAGUGGUUCUUGCUACAUUUGGUCCUUUCAGAACAAUGUUUGGAUCUGACUGGCCAGUUUGCACGAUUGGGGUUGAGGAUGCUUGGGGAAAAUGGAGAGAUGUGGUCAUGAGGUUUUGCUACUUGGCUAGUUUGAGUAAGGAGAAUCAAAUUAUGAUUUGGAGUGGUACAGCAAUCAAAGCGUAUAAGAUUGGAGGGGAGCUAUGA